GAGUUUCCGGCACAAGCCAGCCCUGUCCGAGCACGCAGACAGGCCCUCGAUUUCUGCCGCACGGCUCUGCUCGAGAUGGAGAAGCGGGGCGAGGUGGACAAACUGGAGGACGAGGCCCACAAAUCAGAGCUCGCCAAGAUCCUGGAGGAGAUUAAGGCGCGCCCAAGUGGCAAGACUCUCCUUCGAGGUCUGGAUUUCAACUGCCUGCACUUGCUCGUCCAGUAUGCCAACGGCAAGAGCUCCUUUCACUGGCCGGUGAAAGUUCGACAAGCCCUGGGGAACCGCCAUGCUCAAAGCUACACCGCCGAAGUCGAGCAGAAGUUUGAGCUUCAUCGUCCAAUCCAUCCUUUCCAACUUGCCUGGCGCGUUUGCCUCGACCGACGUGCUGGCAUGAGCACUUUCGGCACAGGCAACUUCCGAAAUCCGGCGGGCCUGGUCGUCUCCUGCCCAUCAAGGAAAUCCUAUGUCCGCUUGCAGAAGCACCAGGCCAAACAAGCCAUCGAAAUCGCAGCAGCGCAGCGAAAGCUCCAGCAGGAGCAGCAGCAGCGAUUGGAGGACCUCCUUGCCACAGCGAGUGGUGAGGACGAGAUCGCGGCCAUCACCAAGAAGGUGGCGGCCGAAACGAAAGCUGCCCUGGCGGCCCAAGAAGGGCAGCUUUGCAGUUACACUCGAUUUACACGGCGCCUUGAGCGCCUUGCCGUCUUCGCGGGCGCACAGGGUCGAGAGGACAACAGUAGCCAGGUCCAACUGGAGGGUCUUACCGUGCUCCCAAACGUGGACGGGUCCAAUGCACUGCCUGUGUUGCUGCUGUUGGCCUUUUUCCGCCCUCGGACAUGCGGUGGCAUCUUCUCUGGAGGCUGCUCCGCACUUUGCGACCUCGACUCGCUGCAGGUCCGGGCCAUCUCUCUCUUCGGGCGCUCUGAGGAGUCACGAUGGGUGUUGCCGAUCACGGGCCGGCAGAAGCUGACCCUCAGCGAUCUGCAGCACGUCAACACCCUCCGGCAAGCCGUGUCUACUGCGUUCGAGGUGGAUGACGAUGCGGCAGGCAAAGAGCAGGGAAAGGACAGAAAAGACUCCGCAAAGCCCGGGGCCAGACCACGUGGCCGACGCAUCUACAUCAAGGAGGACGCUGAGACCACUCGGGCUCUAGGCCUAUUGCUCGGCUCUGUUGGAGGAGGUAGAUGCCCCUUCGAUGUGAAGGAGAGUCCUGCUUCCUCUUCUGAUGCCAAGGGCAAAGCUGGUGGCUCCCAAGGGGGCUCCGCUGCGACCAAAGCGGUCGAGGAAGCGAAGGCGGACGCCUCCAAAGCUUCCAAGGAUGUGUCGGCCGAUGGCAAGAAGGGCCGACUUCUCGGCGACGUGUGGAUUGACAUCGCUGAGGAGGGUGCGGCCGAGGAAGCCCUGGGAGAGCGCGAUUUCCUCCGCGAUCCCGCACCGGGUGGAGCAGCUUCUGGUGUCUUCCUUUCCUUCGAAGACCUGGGCAAAGAGACCGCCGAUCCUGCUGCGGAUGCUGCAAUGCCUAGUCCGGAGGCGCCACCCACGCCUGGAAAGGCCGAAGCGGGUGAUGCACCAAGGUUUGCGUUCCUGCCGGAGCUGUCCCUGAGUCAGGCGCUGAAGGAACGGGCCGACUCCUUUCUGGCUAUGCAGACUGAGCUCGGAAGAGGCAUGAGGAGGAACGGGCGCAGGAUGUGUUCCAAGAAGCAGAAGAAGAUGUGGUGGCUUAGUGCUGUCUCCCUGGCGCCUCAGUGCGAACACCUGGACAGCUACCUGGACCAGUAUGAGAUUGCUCUCACCUCCUGGAGGGAUUCCGGAAACACCCUUUUCCAGCCGCUUCUUGCAUGUCAUCUGCCUCGGGGCACCACGCCGGCCGUCUUGAGCACACAGACGCUGAGUCGUUUAGAUCGCCUCAGAAAGCUUGGGGCCAACAUCACCUUCCAUAGCCUGUCCUUCAUCGAUCGAGCUUCGGAUGCAAGAAUGCAUGCCGUCCCAAAGAUGAAGAAGCAGACGGUUGACGUGGAGUGCAUAGCCGGCACGUACAUGCGGCUUGACAUUCCACAGAUCAUGGACAACGCCAUGGCCUUUCAAGGCGAUGCUGGCAUGCAGUACGAUGCACGCCACGUCCUCUACACUGACAUGGACAUCAUGUGGUGGCGCAAGGUGAGCCCUGCGGAGCUGCUGGACUCCGUCCGGUCCAGGGUCUUUGCCGCCGCCUACUCCUCGCAGCUGAAGAAGUUCGAGGGGGCCAGGAAUGCCGGAGUUAUACUUUUUGACCUGCCAAUCUUCCGCAUGGUCCAGCCGAGAUUGCUGGCCUGGGCGUUUGCAAAGGAUCCGGCGACUGGGGCCAUCCAGAUGAGCGAAAAGCUGAUAUCGAGCCAAGACCAAGGCCUUCUGAACAACUUCUUCGAUCAGAACCCGGGCCGGGCCUUCUUGAAGGACAAGUGGAACUACAAGAUGUUCUGGUCAGGUUCCAACGAGACGGCCAUUGUACACUACUGGGCUGUGAAGCCUUCAGACGGUCUGCGCUGCUUCUUGCGGGAGCGCUCGCAGGAGAACUGUGGGGAGAUCGAUGCGGGCCUCAUCCCCAAGACUAAUCAAGAUUUCCAGAGUGAAGCUUUGGCCAUCGCCCUCGGCGUGGAUGAGAACAUGACCUUCCUCCAGGUUCAGCCGGAGUUCAAGGUGGGCUCAAAGGGCAAGAAGGAAGUGGUCGACAAUGUGCUGGACAAGAAGUUCCGUGGCUCGAAGAUGGACAAUUUCUUCAAGGUGUCGCAGCGGGGCUCCAAUCUCACAACGGAGAUCCGUGCCGGAAUCACGACCUUCCUCACGGCAGCCUACAUCAUGGCCGUCAACCCGAACAUUAUCAGCACUACGGGUCUCAAUUUCGAUGGCCUGGUUUUCGCGACAGCGAUGUCGAGUUGCAUAGCUACUCUGAUCAUGGCACUCUGGGCGAAUUUGCCCUUUGGCCUGUGGCCAGGCAUGGGCAUGAAUGCUUACUUCGCCUACACCAUCGUGGGCUUCAAGGGUACGCAGAAUGCCGUGAAAAAGGUGAUGAUGGCUGUCACCGUGGAGGGCGUGAUCUUCAUCAUCAUGUCCGCCCUCGACCUAAGGCGCUAUGUCUUCAAGGUCUUCCCCACGUGGAUGAUGAAAGCCACCAUGGCGGGGAUCGGCUUGUUCUUGGCCCACAUUGGACUGCAAGCUGGCAAUGGCAUUGACAUCGUCAGGGACCAUCCGGCGGUGCUUGUAGACCUUGUGACCCUCACAGGCGAGCACUUUGCGCGCACCUGGAUCGGAAUCGCUUUCUUUUGCGUCAUGAGCCUCUUGAUCCUCCUGCGUGUGAAGGGGGCCGUGAUGAUUAGCAUCCUGCUUAGCGCCAUUCUCUGCUGGAUCCUCUCGGCUACCACAGAGCAGUUCGACUACAAGCCCAUGUGCUGCCUCGGCAGUGUCACUUAUCCCGAUCCGGCCACCGGAGGUGUAGAGUGGUAUCCGAAGCCGGGAGGCGGCUUCUACCCCAAGCCUACGUGCAUGGACCCAUACACUGUUCCUGGUAAGGGCAAGAUGGAAAGCACAGAUUCCGGGCCCUCUUUCAGCUUCGAGUCCCCUGCAUCAGUGUCCUAUGCCAACGGAGUCUAUACGAUCACCAACGGCGGCUCCUCCACCAACCACACAGGCAGCAUCUACUUCGAGGGCAUCGCAGCAGGCCGCGACUCCUCCUUCAAUGGUGGCUGCACCGACACCUGCCAUGCCAUGAUGGGGGGCUUCAACCCUGCCUGCUUCGGCACCGUGCUGGUGGCUGUAAGAAGCGUCUUUCCUAUAGAUUUCAAGGACCCAUGGGCCCCGGCCAGGACUGGCAUGGACUUCCAAAGCCGAGAUGCAAAUGGCGCCAACUGUGUCAACGGCGACGUCUCUGGUGGCACCAUUCUUGCCUGGGACACCUCUGGUUUCGGCGACUGGCAAGGCUUCUGGAAUCCGUUGCUCACGCUCCUAUACAUCGACUUCAUCGGCACCAUGGGCUUCCUGUACGCAGCAGCAGACCUCAGUGGGCUCGUGGAUCCGGAGAAGCCGGAGACCUUCCCCGGUUGCUACGCGGCCUUCAUGGCGGAUGCCGUCGGAACCUUUGUGGGUGGAUUCCUGGGCACCAGCUCGGUUACCACAUAUGGCGAAUCCAUGGCUGGCGUCUAUGAGGGUGGCCGCACCGGUCUUACCGCGCUCGUGAUCGCUUUCCUGAACUUCAUUUGCAUCUUCAUGACACCAUUGCUCUCCUCCAUUCCUACGCUUUCCACUGGGCCUGCAUUGGUCAUGGUGGGGGUCUUCAUGAUCGAAGGCGUGAAGGAUAUUGAGUGGACUGACUACAUGCAAGCCAUUCCCUCCACGAUCUGUAUCCUUCUGCAGAUCACGACCUACAAGAUCGAGGUUGGUGUCUUGGGUGCAUUAUUGGUGUGGACCUUCCUCAUGAUCUUCUCCGGCCGCAUCUUCCUCUACAUGCCUGCGGUCUGGGAGAAGCUCCCACCUGCCAUGCAGCGAUUCGUCUCCACCCAACUGGGGGACAAGGAGUUCCAACAGCGACUGAAGGAGGUCGGUGCACUCCCAGAGGAGCCAAAGAAAGAGCUGGGCGUCCUUCCCACGGCGAUGGAAGAGGGGAAGCCGGAGGUUCGCCAAGCCUGGUGA